GUACAGCUGGUAGAUAUCGAUAAGAGGCUCCACGUGAUUACGAUACUAAAUUCUGCCAUGCCAAUCGUUUCUUGGCACCCAAACCUCCGGCGGACCAGACCGCGGGUGACGAGACAUUCACAUAACCGACUAUCAGAACCCAAUUGGACUUCCCCAAUUGCCAUGGUCUGAACGGAUUGCUAUCCUUCAAAAUCAGCGGUUGAUUGUUCGAGAGCGAGGGAUACGCUCUCGAGAGCCGCCCAACAUGUCGCAAACCAUAGGGCUGACAAAGCUAGCCUACUCACGAGCAUGGCACCAAGUCUCCGCCUCAGCACCACACCCAACCCUCUCCACACAGCCCAACGUAACACCGCCCUCGCUAGGCCGCCUGGCCUCGCGGAUCGCCACCAUCCUCAUGGGCAAGCACAAGCCGAUCUGGGACCCCUCGACGGACUGCGGGGACUACGUGGUGGUGACCAACUGUGCGGCGCUGCACGUCACGGGGCGCAAGAAAUGGCAGAAGACGUACUACCGGCACAACACGCGGCCCGGCUCCCUGCGCGCCGUCACCAUGGACGUCCUCAUGGCCAAGCAUGGCGGCGCCGAGGUCCUGCGGAAAGCCGUCUCGGGCAUGCUGCCCAAGAACCGGCUGCGCGACAAGCGCCUCGCGCGCCUCAAGGCCUUCGAGGGCGAUGCGCACCCCUAUAAGCAGAAUCUUUUGCGGUUCGGCGGCGUCCAGGUUGGGCAAGAGGGUUGGAGCGAGGCGGUGAAGGCUAUUCGGGCUGCGGAUAGCUUGCGGUUAUAGUAGCUUUGAGAAGGCUGGCGGGAAGGUUCUAUCGAGCGAAGGGACAAAGCGUUGUUGGAAUUGCUGAUACUUUAGGCGUGGCCAUGGGAUUCGGCCAUGCGAGCUAUCUCGGCGAUUCGGUUCUGUAUAUAUCAUCUAUUUUGUACUACAACGUGUACACAUGUAAUGGAAACACUCACGACAUUCUUACUUAGACUACUUGCAAGAAAAAGAAGGGGCAGGUUAGAAGUCUAAUCUUCCGAGCAAUAUUGGUAGAUCUCUCAGGCUAUGCGGUCACAGGCAACAGUGAAUGAUGCAUUAUUGAAGUUCCCCAUUGAUGUUUUCUAGAAGAGGCGAUGCUAUAAUAGUCUACGGUACAGCUGCAGACGUUCAUAGUCCGCCGUAAUGUGAUUCAUCAGAGAACCUCUCUCAUGAAUCAUUACCCGAGUAAAAUACAAAAUCCAGACCCUUAAGCGAAAACAGGCAAGGAAGUAAUAAAGCACGGUAGCCACCACUCAUGCGCCGUUUAGUCAUGAUUACACUACAUGUUGAUGUGAGACGAACAAAUUUAGGGAAGAGCAGAGGGAGGAAGGAGAUGGGAAGAGUGAAGCGUGAGUCGAAAUGAGAGAGUACGUGUGUGCUUCUAGGAUCGAGACACCUCGCACUUGAUCAGGCCAUUAGGGCCAGAUUGCGGCGCGUACACCUCGGCGUCCUUGCCUGUGUUCUCGAGACCCUUGUGCCACGAGAGAUCUAGGUGGAAGG